AUGGUUAGGGACCCAUUGCAGGUGGAGUCCCAGGUCAGGGCGUUGACUCCCCACCCCACAAAGCCCAACGUCAUCUACGCCGGCGCCCAGAAUGGCGUGUUCGUCAGCAACGACAAGGGCGUGAGUUGGGAACACAUAGACUCCCCCAUGAACGACCUGCACGUGUGGAGCAUUGCCCUCGACCCCAAUGACCCGGACACCAUCUUCGUCGGCACCCGGCCGCCCUACGUCUUUCGCUCCAGGGACGGGGGCAAGAACUGGGAAAAGCUCCCGGUGGAAAUGGCCAUGGAAUGCUCCAUCGGCAGUCCCAGAAUCACCGCGCUCGUGGUGGACUCGUCCAACCCUAAGAACGUCUGGGUUGGCGUGGAAAUAGACGGCGUUUACCGCAGCCUGGACGGCGGCGAUUCGUGGAGCAAGGUGGAAGAGGGCGUCGAAGACCCAGACAUUCACGGCAUAGCGGUUGCUCCCGGCAACGUUCUAGUCAGUACCCCCCGGGAGGUUUUCGCCAGCAACGAUGUGGGCGAAAGCUGGCGGUCCCUGGUAAAGACCCAGGACUUUCCGCUUGGAUACUGCCGCUGGGUUGCGGUCAAGCCCGACGACCCCGCCGUAGUCUUGGCCGCCAACGGCAGCGGCGCUUACGGCAGCACCGGGGGGCAUCCAGAGGUCCAACGACGGCGGGCAGUCGUGGCAGGCCAUGCCAUUGCCAGUGGCUCCCAACUCCUCCGUCUGGGACUUCGCCUUCCACCCGUCGGACCCCAACACUAUUGUGGCCAACACCCUCUAUGGUGA